AUGAUCAAGGCAAUCUUCUACAGCAAAUUCGACACCCAGGAGGGCCCAAAAGUUGUCCAUCAAGUCCCCGACGGCGCCAUCGUCCCCUCGUCCACCGCGCCCGCGCAACCCCUCUUCCUGACCUUCUCCGACGUCUCGUUCUUUGUGAUUCCCCGCCAGGAGCUUUGUGGCAACUUGCUGCAGGUCUGCACAAAUGGAUACCGUAUCCUGGGCUAUCCCAUCUGCAUGAAAUCAGAUCGCUAUCCUCGCAAUGAGUUCAUCUUCAACUUUUGCAUUGUGCUGGCCGAAGAGGAGGAUUUCAGUCAGUACAAGAGCGUGGUGCAGAAGCUUGCGGACUUGAUGCAUGCAUUGGAAGAGCAGAAUGGGUUUUUAUCGAGGGAUUUCUCCAAAACCGGUGAAGGGAAGGUGUAUAGUCUUUAUGAGCUCAAUACUUUGAACAUCAAGUUGUUUCCUAUCUAUCCCUCGCCACCACCAGUCAAGGCGUGGCAGGUACCCUUGUUCACGGUCCGGUAUCAGGCUUUUAUGGACGAGAAUUGGGAUCUCUCCCUGCAACGGAUCGUUCCACAUAUCAAUGGCGUCAACAGCGUCCGCAUUAUCUCUAUUCUCGCAGAUACCGACUUUUCUCUCACAUGCCGAGCCAUCCGACACUUGUUAUACUAUGGUUGUCUAUUUCUCUUGGACAUAUUCUCAUUUUCGGCCAUUUACGCACCAACAGCCCAAUUCAGCCUCACCAUCGGCUCAGACGAAGCCAUGCAACUUGAGUGUGCGCGCUACGUCAAUACACGUUUCGCGCCGCAUCCACCGAUCGGCCCCCACACACCCCUCCCACCGCAGAUUGCGCCGGUAGCAGCGGCAACCAGUGGAGGGAGUACUGGCGGUGCUGGGCCACUAUCAAGCCCGCUGACCGAUCCUGCCCCGAGUCUGUCUCGCGACGACUCCCGCUUCGACGCAGAAGAGAUAUGGCCAUUAUUGGGCGACCCAGAAGAUGCACCGAAUGGUAGCCGCAAAGUCCCCGAUAUACCCGAAAACGACAGUAUUCCCGCCGGCCAGGGCCCCCGAGUCGUGGAUGGCGUGGGUAUCGUCGAGCUCUAUGCGGCCCUGAAACAAGGACAGAGUGUGAAGCAGUGGUACUCACAGCACAGCCGCGAGCUUGCCAACAUCGAUAUCCGCCGCUUCAUCACCUUCGGCGUGAUCAAGGGCUUCCUCUACCGCGUACACAAAUACGCCUGCGCAACCGGUCAGCCAGCACCGACACCGCGCUCAUCGUCCAUCGUCCCCAUGACUGCAUCGGCGGGACCAUCUUCUCGUGCCACGACUGGGACUAACACUCCGUACGCGGCAUCUAGUGUGGGCGAGGACGCUCCUAUUUCCGCCCGACGAGAUGCUAGUCGUGAACGUGCGGCUUCUUUUCAUAGUGGGAGCCGUGGUGGCAUUGGGUCUGGGAGUGCGCCUUCGGGAGUCUUUGAAGAGGAGGAGGAUGAGAUUGAUGAUCGGACGCUGUCAAAGUAUCUCGAUGGUACACAUAGCUUUGAUCAGAUUUGUACGGAACUGGAGAUUAGCGAGCGCGAGCUGACGGUUCGAUUGAAGAGGUAUCCCGGGGAGGUGCUGAUUCUCCACCGGUGA